GUCAUAGGGUCGUUGUCGGCACUGCCCUUGGAAAAGAUUAAUCUGCGUUAAUUUGCCUGAGUUGGAUGUGAAAUCUCCAAAGCCGUGUGCUAAGUAUACCUCUGUUGUUUUCAUUGCCAAGAGUCAGGCAUUAGAUGAGGAAAGGAAAACUGACUAAUACACAUACCUUUGCUCUGAGUGAAGACAGAUUUUAGAUGUCUGUUUUCCCCUAAAUUAUUGCUUAUAUAUUGUUCAGGUUUGAGCUGACCCAGUGCAUUCAACCUGCUUGCCUAGUCCUGUGGACGUGGUUAGCCCUGGUAUGUGCCAGCUUCUGAGUGCAUACUGGGGCACAGUGGUCAUCCAGUGUGGAUGGCCAGCCUUGUUCCAGGUCACAUGUCAGCUUUCUUUUUGUUCUGGUGGGAGAGGCUUCAUCCUAAGGACCGGAUGCUGGGCUUGAGGCCUGAAGGAGAUGGAGGGUGUUUACUGCUUUUCACAAAAUCCAUGUUUCUCCCUUUUUUUUUCUUUUGUCCCUGAAAAGGGUAUCCUGUUCCCAAACCUGAGCUGAUCUUCCAGCUGGAGCACGGGCAGCAGUUGUGGACAGUGAUGAUAGACCUCUUUCAGAGCACCUGUCCAGGUGACAGUGGAAAACCUCAAGCCACCGAACCUACUACUUGUGAGCCAGCCUUGUCUGAGGGUGCCUCACUCCAGGGACUGAUAACACAAGGGGCCUCAGGGUGCUCCCAGGUGGUGGCAGCCAGAGGUCAGGAUGGGCCAUCAGCAGUGCAGGAAGGACUCUUGAUACCAGGUGUAGAGCUGCAGGAGAAGCUUCCUGGGAAAAGUAUCCCUAGACCUGGUGGUUCUGGGGCAUCUGAGGACAUUUGUUCAAGGAUGGUACAGGACCCUGUCUGUCUAGGAGAUGCUGUUCAUGACUGUGACCCACAGAUCACUGCUAUGGAUCCCAUGAGUCAGGAGAAUGAAAACAUCUUCAAAUGCAGUGAAUGUGGGAAAGUGUUUAACAAGAAACGCCUUCUUGCCCGACAUGAGAGGAUCCACUCUGGAGUGAAGCCCUACGAGUGCACGGAGUGUGGGAAGACCUUCAGCAAAAGCACAUACCUGCUUCAACACCACAUGGUCCACACAGGGGAGAAGCCCUAUAAAUGUAUGGAGUGUGGAAAGGCCUUCAACCGCAAAUCACACCUUACUCAGCAUCAGCGGAUCCACAGUGGGGAGAAGCCUUACAAGUGCAGUGAGUGUGGAAAGGCCUUCACCCACCGCUCCACUUUUGUCUUGCAUAACAGGAGCCACACUGGAGAGAAACCUUUUGUGUGCAAAGAAUGUGGCAAAGCCUUUCGUGAUAGGCCGGGUUUCAUUCGACACUACAUCAUCCACAGUGGCGAGAAUCCCUAUGAGUGUUUUGAGUGUGGCAAGGUCUUCAAGCACAGAUCAUAUCUCAUGUGGCACCAGCAGACUCACACUGGGGAGAAACCCUACGAGUGCAGCGAGUGUGGGAAAGCCUUCUGUGAGAGCGCGGCCCUGAUCCACCACUACGUCAUCCACACUGGGGAGAAGCCCUUCGAGUGCCUCGAGUGUGGGAAGGCCUUCAACCACAGGUCCUACCUCAAGAGGCACCAGCGCAUUCAUACUGGAGAAAAGCCUUAUGUGUGCAGUGAGUGUGGGAAGGCCUUCACCCACUGCUCUACUUAUAUCUUGCAUAAAAGGGCCCACACUGGAGAAAAACCCUUUGAAUGCAAAGAAUGUGGGAAAGCCUUUAGCAAUAGGGCAGACCUCAUUCGCCACUUCAGCAUCCACACUGGGGAGAAGCCCUAUGAGUGCAUGGAGUGUGGGAAGGCCUUCAACCGCAGGUCAGGUCUCACGAGGCACCAGCGUAUUCAUAGUGGGGAGAAACCCUAUGAAUGCAUCGAGUGUGGGAAAACCUUUUGCUGGAGCACAAAUCUCAUUCGACACUCUAUUAUCCACACUGGAGAGAAGCCCUAUGAGUGCAGUGAGUGUGGAAAGGCCUUCAGCCGCAGCUCAUCCCUCACUCACCAUCAAAGGAUGCACACUGGCAGAAACCCUGUCAGCGCAGCAGAGGAGGGGCCCCCUUUCACAAAUGCUCAUGCCUCCGUCAACAUUCAGGAACUUCUAUUAGGGGAUGACUUUGUGAAUGUAACUGAUGAGGAAAAGCUUUUGAAAGAGGAAACAUCCUACAUGGCAUCUGAUCAUUCAUACCAAAGAGAAAACCCACAAAUGUCUUCAUUAUAAGAAAACCUUAUUAUUUAUUAUCUGAAGACUCAUUAGAAAUUAACUUAGCUUACAACACUGUUCUCCAUCUGAGAAUUCAUCCCAGGAGAGAGAGACAGAGGUUAUUUUGCACUUAGGACUACUUUCAGCUGCAUCUUUCUUCUCAUUUACAGUGCAAUGUUAUCUCAGGAAUGUUUAUAGAAAGGAAGUGAUAUAGAGUGAAACAUAGGCACUGCUUCUUUCACACUAUUCCACUCAGUCUAUGGGACUUGUUCAUGGAUUUCUUAGUUUAUUUGGGUGGAGAGGGUUCUGGUUUAGGAGACAAAGAAACUUGACUGUCUUGUAUAUGCAUUCAGUGCUGUCCAGUGUUGAGAGUUAGAAAGUUGAAGUCAAGUCUAGAAACUUACUAAAUAUCCUCCUUAUUGUACAAUAUUGUCUCUGUCUUGUGGAGCAUACGUUUUUAAGAAGAAUAUGAAGGUGUGAGUGCAGUGAGUGUGGGAAUACUUUUAUAUUUAAGGGAAUAAGGAAACGUGUUUUUGUGUUUGUGUGUGUAGUGCUAGGAAUUGAACCCAGGGCCGCAAGCAAUUUAAGCAUGCAGUAUACCAGUGAGCUACAUCCAGCCCCACGGUAUACAAAUGAAUGGACACUUGUUAUUGCACCACUUAAGACUGGCAAACUCUCUUUAAUAUGGUUUCAAACACCACUCAGAAUUUUUCUUGAUUCCCUCUUUUCGUUUACUUGAAGCUAUGUAGUAAGUCUUAAAAUUGGGUAAAAUGAUUCCUUUUCUUUCUUUUAUUUCAAGUUGAUUUAGUACUUUUUUUUUUACUUUCCACGUACACUUUAGGAUUUGUUUUUCUGAUAUCAUAAUGAUAUUUGAUAGAUGUUGAGUUAAAUCUAGGAUCAGUUUUUUGAGAAUUGUAUCUUUCUAUUGUGGUGAGUCAUCCAUUUAUGAAUGUGGUUUUAUGAACUUGGUAUAUCAUUUUGUUUAUUUAAGUAUUCCUUGACUUAUUCCUUUACUGUUUUAUAAUUUAUAGCAUAUAGCUUUUGUAUAUUUUAAAUAAGAUUUAUACCUUUUUUUAAACAGUUAUAAAAUUAAUAUUUAAACUUUCAAUUUCCACAUGAUGUUUGGCAGUAUGCAGAAAUGUAAUUAGUUUUUGGAUAUUGUCUUACUAUCCUUCAACUUUGCUGAUGUAUAUCUAGCAUUGUUUAUAUUUGUUUUGCUAGCGAAUCCUUUGGAUUUUAAACAAAGAAAUGUCCUCUGUAAAUAGAAUCUUUUCUUCUUUCCCA